GGACAAGCCUGAGAUACCCCAGAAUCUCCUCAAACUAAGAAUGGAGGGUAGCCUUGGUACCUGGUGCCCGGAGACUGACCUGGACCAGCAGGUGCUCUUCAGUGACAGGAAUCCUAAGGGGAAGGGCAAAGGGAUGAAAAGAUAAGGAGAUAGGAAGGCUGUGGUCAGGAAUGUCUUAUCUCAAGCAAACUUAUUAAGAAGUAUAGCAUCUUAUAUACCGCUUGUAGGCAAAAUGGGAGAGAGUGGGUAGACAGCCAUGAUAUAAUGGGGCGGAGUCAACAGGAAGUCAAUCAAGCAACUUGCACAAGGAGAAUACACAGUAUCUUAAGAAUGUCACAAACUGAGUGCACAGCAACCUUGAGAUGGAGAACCAUAGCCCCUUGGGGUCAGAAGAAUUGGGUUCUCCGGAGCUGAAGCUGAAGUUCCGCCAAAGCCCUGGCCCCAGGCCGUUACCGGCUCUGCCAAGUACUUUAGACAAGAGACUGUGUUCCUUUCUGUACAUCAGGGUCUCCAGAAAACCUUAAACUGACCUGCCCCUCAACAGGAGACAUCUUCAGAUACUUGGUCCUCACCAAGGAAUGAUAGGAAAGGAAAAUCCCAGGCUCCUAGACCUUAGCUCUCCCUUCUUUCGAUGGUCCCUUUUCAAAAGAGUAUCUCAAGAUCUCUUAUUUCUGAGGAGGGCUGCAUUUCAUGUACAAGAAAUCAGUAUAUUUAAGGGUAUAUUGGAAGUAAUUUUUUUUUUUAGCUGUGUGGAGGAGUCUAUAUAGGAAAUCGAGACAAAGGAAAUGAGCUUGGAUAACCUCUCUAGAUUUUGGUACGGUGUUAAGAGCUUCGGACUCUCCCGUGGAUUAUAGGAACAUCUAUGAAGUUUAAGGAGAAUUUUACAAUACCUGAUAUUUUAGUGGGGAAAACAAAGAGCCCAUGGGAAGGGAGAAAGUUGGAGGGAGAAGAGAAAGAGCUUGAGCAGGAAAAGAGAAAAUGCAGAGGCGGAAGGGAGGAGAGCAAAAUGUCUGGAUUCUAUAGGGAAAAGCUUCUGGGAGAGGGGAAGCCCAGCCCCUCAGCUAGAAAGUUCUGAUAUGCCAGCCUUGUCCUGUAACAGGUGGGGACUGAGAGAUGCCUGGAGAACCCGGAGGUCAGGUCUGCUUUGAUAUGCAAACUGCACCUCAGCUGCUUGCCUGGGUCUGAAUCCCAACUGAGGAGUUGUAAGCACCUGGUGGUGGGCCCAGCCCUGUGUCCCUCAGAGAUCAGCUUCCUGUCCCUAACAGGAAGGGUUGAGGGCUGGGAGCCUGGAGUGGGAGAACUGGGAGACAGGGCCGAGGCUGGACCAGGUCAGACACUGAGGAUUAAGGAAGAGCUGAAAGAUACCCUGUUCUGACAGACACUGAAUAUGAAAGCCUUUCUUUUCUAGUCUAAAGUGACACUUUCUGAUGUAGAGACCAUGGUUGUCUAUCUUUGAAACCUUUGUUUGAAGAAAUACAGUAAUUCUGUGGAAACUACCAAGGCAACUUUUUUGUAGUGCUGGAGAGCCAGGCCUUGCACUUGCUAGGCAAGUUCUCUACCAGUGAGUUACACUUCCACCAUAUUCCUUCCUCUGCAGGGACCUAUUUUCCUGUUUGUCUUCUGCCUUGUGAUAUUUUUUAAAAGUUUAUUUUCAUUUUUAUGUGUGUGGAUGUUCUGCCUGCAAAAAUGUCUGUGCACCACAUGGGUGCAGUGCUCAGGAAAGCCACAGUAGAAUCAGAUCCCCAGGAACUGGAGGUUUAGACAGUUGUGAGCUGCCAUGUGAGUGCUAGGUAGUGAAUCCAGAACCUCUGAAAGAGCAGCCAGUGCUCCUAACCACUGAGCCAUCUCUCCAGUCUCCUGCCUUGCCAUUUCUUAUUAAAAGUUAAGCAUCUGAAUUUUCCUCUUCCCAGGGUCUGCUGAGGUGAUGGGUGACUUUUCUCUUUAGUUAUUAUAAGAGACUUCUGUGCCAGUAAAACAACUGAGGUAUACACUUCAAGCUACCUUAUCUCCUCUCUCAGCAUGUGUCCCUCUUUCUCUCCCUUAGUUCAUGUGGUGACUUUCUAAAUCUCCCUCAACUCCCACAGUAGGGCAAUUGUUUAUUUUAAUGUCCUUAUCCUUAAGUGUCUGGUUUUACAAAAUAGGGAAGGGGCAAGUAAAGGGGGGAGGACACUGUCCUUUUAACUGUUGGGUAUCCACUUCUGCCAGUGGAAAGAGGAGUGGUGUCCUGCCAUUGUAGCUGACCCUCCAUGCCCCUUGGAUCAGAGGGCUGCUGUAGGAAUGCUAGUAGGUUGCUCCUUGGAGCUGGCUGCUGAACAAGGAGUAACUGCUACUGUGUGAAAUGUUCUUCAGUUUACCACCCGGGCCUUCCUGUAGACGCUGCCUGGACUCCAGAGUUCCAAAAUAGUUCUAAUGGUCAGAUCCUGCAGGUGCAUUUGCUUCUAGGGAGGGAAAUAGAAUCGCAGUACUUCAUGCCAUCACAGAUGCACUCUGACUCUCUGACGUCCACCUUUUCUCCUCUACAGUUUGGGCCUUUUCUGCCUUCCUCACAGGAUGCUGAGGAUGAGAUCGUGCAUGAAGUGAAGAUUUCUUUACCUCCUGUCCCACGAUGUAAUAGCAGUCUUCAAACCACAAAAUCAACUCAAACUAAAGAGUCAUCAUUUCAGGAAUUAAAGAGGAAACAACUCAAAAGGGAUGAGGACUGGGACUUUACCUCAGGAAAAUCCUGCAGACCUGACAACAGUUUUAAAAAACAGAACAAAAAUGAAAGCUUACAAAUAAUUUCUAUCACCCAUACAAAAAUUCUUACUGUAGAUAAAAGCCAUAAGAAUUUUGAGUUUGGUCCAAGUGUCAGCCUGAAGUCAAUCAGUAAGCAAAAGAUUGCUAGAGAAAAAACACAAAGAAAUAGCCUCAAGGAAAAUUCAACUUCACUUAAUCAACCAAAAAUCAAGACAUUAGAGAAACGCUUUAAAUGUAGUACUUGUGAAAAGGCCUUCAUUCACAGCUCAUCCCUUCGCAAACAUCUGAAAAACCAUAGUGGAGAGAGAUUAUUUCAAUGUAAAGACUGUUUGAAAGCUUUCAGCCAAAGUUCCGCUCUUAUUCAACAUCAAAGAACUCAUACUGGAGAGAAGCCCUACAUAUGUAAUGAGUGUGGGAAGGCCUUCAGCCACAGUGCAUCCCUUUGUAAGCACCUAAGAACUCAUACUUUGGAGAAAUCCUAUACAUGCAAAGAAUGUGGAAAAUCUUUUAGCAGAAGGUCUAGUCUUUUUUUGCAUCAAAAAAUCCAUGCCCGAGAAAACCCUCAUAGAUAUAACCCAGGAAGGAAGGCAUCCGCUUCGCUCUCAGGAUGCCAGAGAGCUCAUUCCAGGAAGAAGACCUACUUGUGUAACGAAUGCGGCAACACCUUCAAGUCUAGCUCCUCCCUCCGUUACCAUCAGAGAAUCCACACUGGAGAGAAACCUUUCAGAUGUAGUGAAUGCGGCAGAGCCUUCAGUCAGAGCGCAUCACUUAUUCAGCACGAAAGAAUCCACACGGGAGAAAAGCCCUACAGGUGUGGCGAGUGUGGAAAAGGCUUUACUUCUAUCUCAAGACUCAAUAGACACCGGAUAAUUCAUACAGGAGAGAAAUUGUAUAAUUGCAAUGAGUGUGGCAAAGCCUUAAGUUCCCACUCAACUCUUAUUAUUCACGAACGAAUCCACACUGGAGAGAAACCAUGUAAGUGUAAAGUUUGUGGGAAAGCCUUCAGACAGAGUUCAGCUCUGAUCCAACAUCAGAGAAUGCACACUGGGGAAAGACCCUAUAAAUGUAACGAGUGCGGGAAAACAUUCAGGUGUAACUCAUCCCUAAGUAACCACCAGCGAAUCCACACUGGAGAGAAACCUUAUCAAUGUAUAGAAUGUGGGAUGUCGUUUGGACAAAGUGCAGCUCUUAUUCAGCACCAGAGGAUUCACACGGGAGAGAAACCCUUUAAAUGUAACACCUGUGGGAGGAGUUUUAGGCAAAGCUCCUCCCUUAUUGCCCAUCAGCGGAUUCAUACUGGAGAGAAACCCUAUGAAUGUAGUGCAUGUGGAAAGCUCUUCAGUCAGAGGUCCUCCCUUACCAAUCAUUAUAAAAUUCACAUUGAAGAGGACUCCUUGAACAUAGAUUUGCAUGAGUAAAAGCAAUUGACCAAAGUUCUUCAGAGGAUAUAUACUUCAUAUUGACAAUAAAUAUAGUGAAUAUAAGACAACUUAUUUAGCCCUAUGAGAUAUUAAAAUUGCAAGAAUAAACUGUGAUCAUAUAAUAACAGAGAAAAUUUCACACCUGUCAGUCACAUUUUGUGAUCAGAUACUUUACCAUAGCAGACAUUGACAAUGGCCAUUUAUAAGGUAACAGAAAUGCUUUUUUAUUUUAUCCACAUUAUAUAAUAUAUGCAAUAUAUAAACACUAGAAAGAUCUGAGUUCUGGAGUGUUAGUUUGUCAUUAGAAAAAGGAGUAUCACCUAUUAGCAUAUUUACUACAGCUAAUAUUUUAAUAGUAAACCAUUAAAAUAUAUGCAUUUUUAAAUCAGUGGACCAAAUUAAACAAACAAAAACCAAAAUACUACCUCAUACUAUCUUUUCCUAAACUAUUGUCAAACUGCAUGAUUUUUAUUAAAGAGGAAGAAAGAGAA